AUUGUCAAACCGCCAUGAAUCAGCAUCUCUGAUCAAGUGUCUCUCUUGAGUGUUUAUAAUUUACACAAACCGUAAAAGUGAAUUUGAAUAGAAUGCACAGCUACGUAUAUUGUAUAUAUGUUAUGCAGGUUCAGUGUCUAAUAUCGAUGUUUUGGAGAAAAUCGUAAGGAAUAUCAUAUAUGAAUACAUGAUUAUCUGGACAUAACAAUCGCCUUAAUAUCAAUGGUUUGUGGGCAAUGAACUGUGAAUUGAAACAUUCACAAUCCGAUUGCAGUUCUUUCAAUGAUCGUCAUUAUCUUGACUAGCCGUCUAAGAACCGGUAUUCAUUAUACAGAGUCUGUCGGUGUGCCAAAAUAAGCAACAUUAAACUCUUGUGAAGGUCACACAGGUCUUCAUUUCAAUCUUCAGGGUGUCUAAUAUUGAGAUGCAAUCAUUCUACAAGUCUUUUAUAAACCAGAGUCGAGCUAGUAAAUAUAGACUUGAUAUAUCGUAUGUCGUGUACAGAUGGCCGACAUUGACAUGACUUGUGUUUAUGGUGGUACAGACUCAAACUAUUAGAAGAUAGAUACAGUCUCUGUUUAUUUAGAUUGAGAAUACUACAUUCUAUGUCUUUCGUUGUGUUUUGUUCUGCCAUCUUAAUUUCUCAAGAAGUAAUGUAUAAAAUGAAACAGAGCACGAUUAUCCAUUAAUUCAAUCAACUUGAAACGAAUACCUCUUAUCGUGCUUUCUCUGAUGUUGAAAUUAUCUCUACACGACAAGAAGUACAUGUUACAUGAUAUCGAGGCCUUUUUAUAGCAUCAGAAAUACCACCUACAGGACACGGUUUCAAAUUCUAAAGAUGUUUAUGCACAUUUUCAUAGACUUUUUAAAAAUAAGAUAUAUUACAAUAUGAAAUGAAAUGUUAUUUUCUUUACAUUGGUUCGUAAAACAAAAAACAAGUAAUAAUGUAGAGUUCCUCGAGUAUGCACAAUAGUACAACUACGUUAUGAGGCUUCCUGAGCACGGAGUAACAGGAAAAGAGAGAAAAAAUAAUGUAAUUAUAUUUUUUCCUCAUUAGGAAAGUGUCAAAUUAAUUCAGACCUAAGGUUAGCGGCAGGCAAAUGCUGAAAUUCAAUUAAUUUAUCAGCCUUCUUGAUGAUGGAUUGACGGCAAGUGGUAUCAAAAUGACCAACAAGACACGACGUUCAUGAAAUCAAACCUGCAGUUGGAACCGUCACUGUGAUAAAAUGGCGUCAGAGAAUUCAACGCCAUACAGCCAACUGACUUUGGCAGAUCACGGGGCCUCCUCCAUGGCAGAACUCUACGUGGAAGGAGUGAUUCUAUUGAUAAUAUGUCUAGUGGCCCUCGUUGGAAACGUUUCAGUUUACCUUAUAGUUUUAAGAACCAAUAAAUUAAGGACAAUUACAAAUUUCUUCAUCCUUGGAUUAGCAGCGGCGGACAUCUUGGUAUCCAUUGCAAACAUGCCCGUUACCGUAGCGAGUCUCUUUACAGGAAAUUGGCCACUGGACCACACUUCCUGCCUGGCGUUCGGGUUUAUAAACAUGUUAACUUUGUGUUCUAGCGUGCUUUCCCUGUGCAACAUAAGCAUAAACCGCUACGUCAUGAUAUGUCGUCCAUUCCAUUCCAAACUUAUAUACACCAGAAGGAACGCUUUUCUGAUGAUCUUAGGUGUCUAUACUUUAGCCUUCGUGAUAUCAUUGCCUCCCCUGUUUGGCUGGGCGUCGUACGCAUACAUACCCAUUCAAUCUUUCUGUUUCUGCGAUUGGACACUUGCACCAUCGUACGCGAUCUUUAUGAUCAGUUGUUGCUUUGGAGGACCGUUCAUCGUCAUGACAGUCUGUAAUAUUCUUAUAUUCUGCACCGCCAAAAAAUCCAAUAAAAAUACUAAAUAUUUCACAACUACAAAAGAAAAGAAAAAAGACUCGCAGUCCAAAGAGAUCCGUCUGGCCAGUAUUCUGUUAGUUGUCGUCAUAGCUUUCGUUAUUUGUUGGUGUCCAUACUGUAUCAGUAUGUUGUUGUCUAUAUAUGCCCCAGGAUUCGCCCCUAGAGGAUUCCACAUGUUCACCAUUCUUGUGGGGUACGCCAACAGCGGAGUGAACCCCAUUAUUUACGGCGUUAUGAACCGCGCCUUCAGGAACGGGUUCAAACAGCUGUACUGUGGAUGGAUGGGUGUCCAGCUGGAAGAAUCCACGGCGAUGGGAAGCGCCUCAGAUGAAGCACAAGGAAUUCCACGAAAUCUAACAAACAACUCGCAACUUUCGGGAGACGAAUUAGUAGACAGAAACUAGUGAUGAUGACGCUAAUUCACAAAUACGGGCAUUGGACUGAAAAUCUGUUUCAGAUCGGGAUCUUGCAGUAACAGCAGUCAGUUGGUCAAGUUUGUCUCACACUUAGAACUUCAUCAAAUUCAGGAUCAGGGGUGUGGCUAAAGUUUUGUAAACAAAUGAAUAUGUAAAUUCGAAGAUGUGGAAUUUUUGCAUUUAUCUAGUAUUCAUCAUUAUUUCCGUUCGGUUUUUCAUGCCGUCAUGUGAUAAUGUUAUGGUUGUAAAUAUAUGUGUGUUUAGUUAAAGGACCUCAUUCCCAUAUAUUUAAUUAUUAAAACCUUGGAUGAAUUAAUUGUAUUCGGUUUUACGUAGACAUUUCAUAUCUUAUUGUUCUACCACAAGACUAUGACCCCUAAAUUGAAAGAUCACAUUUAACAAAUAGUUUAUUAAUUUUAACAUUAAUCUUUUGUUAUAUCAAGGGUCCAAUAAUUAUAGAGCAUUUCAUAUGGUAGUAAACUAAUUUUUUGUCCAUAUGCAGUAUUUAAUUACAUCUUUUCAUCAAUACUCGAUUAUUGCAUUAUAAAUGUUUAAAAUACGAAA